GUUGUUUGGGCCAUCACUUUUAUCAAUAAUGGCAAUGGUUGAUAUAUCCUUGGUAGCCAUUGAAGCAAUCAAAAGAAGCAUAGCUCAAGUAAAAACACAUUGUCUGUCUGUGUCUCUCUCUCCAUACUUCAUGGCAUCGCCCAGCUUAGUAAGAAUAUUAGAGAUCUGUAAGGUGACUCCGGCCUUAGAUUCUGUUGACGCUGCAAAAGAAUUCUCACUUCCUCUCACCUAUUUUGACAUAACUUGGUUCAAAUUCCCUCCAGCCGAGUGCCUAUAUUUCUUUAAACUCAAUGAGUCAUCAAGUAGACCCAGCAUAUUUCACUCACAAAUUUUGCCUGCACUUAAACACUCACUCUCACAAACCCUCGGUCGCUUUGUUCCUCUCGCUGGCCACCUCACUUGGCCAGCCAACUCAUCCAAACCCGUAAUUGUUUAUGCUCUGAAUGAUGCUCUGUCACUCAGAGUUGCUGAGUCUAAUGCUAGUUUUGAUCGCUUCAUUGGAAAUGAAAUUCGUGAAGCUGAUGAGUCACAUCCUUAUAUACCUGAGUUGUAUGUAACAAACAUGAUUGCUUCAUUACUCGCUCUACAAAUUACUUUCUUCCCCCGUAAAGGUUUCUCUAUUGGCAUGGCCAUACACCAUGCCAUGCUUGAUGGAAAAAGCGUAUCUAUGUUCCUCAAUACAUGGGCUUAUUUAUGUAAACACAACCAGAACGAAAAGAGUCUCCUUUUAUUGCCUGAAUUAAGGCCAUCUUUUGACAGGACUGGUCUCCAAGACUCAUUCGGGCUCGAGUCAGUGUACUUGAAGCAGUGGGAAGCCACGAUCAUUCCAGUUUCGGAAUUGAACUCACGAAGCUUGAAAUUAAUGCCAUAUCUUGGAGUGCCAAGCAACUUGCUUCGUGCAACCUUUCGUUUGCCUCGUGAAGCUAUUAAUGAGCUUAAAGAAAGUGUACAGCGCUACCACCAAGCAGGAUUAAACCCUGGAAAGCAGCUUCAUCUCUCAACGUACGUGAUUACAUGUGCUUAUGUAUCAGUUUGUCUGGUGAAAGCUAGAGGAGGAGAUGAUAACAGGAAGGUUUAUUAUGUGUGUUCAGUGGAUUGUAGAAGCCGCUUAGAGCCUCCACUUCCACAAAAUUAUUUUGGUAAUUGUGUUGCUGUCCAUCACAUGGCUGCAGAAGCAAAGGCUUUUAUGGAGGAAAAUGGGGUUGCUAUUGUAGCAGAGAAGCUUAGUGAUUUGAUAAAUGGCUUGGAGAACGGACUUUUUCAAGGCGCAAAGGAGAGGCUUGUUAUGUUGAGAGGGUUGGGACAAGAAGUGCAGAAGUUCGGGGUUGCUGGAUCAACACGGCUUGGGUUUUACGGGUUGGAUUUUGGGUGGGGAAAUGUUGAGAAGGCUGAGAUCACAUCCAUAGAUAGAACUAGAGGUUUCUCAAUGAUGGAGUUUGGAGAUGUUUCAAGUGGAGGGACUGAAGUUGGAGUUGUUUUGGUGAGGCAAGAAAUGGAACGUUUUGCUUCUCUGUUUGUCAAUGGCCUAAAAGCUCUUCAAUCCAGACUGUAAUAACUCAGUUCAACAAAAAUAUGAACAGCAUGGAUUGACUUGUAA